AUGGAUCCCGCGACGCAAGCAAGAUUCGAUCUCAUUGGUUCGAACCUCGCCGAGUUUCUCAACCCAGAGAUCAUUGAGGAUAUCUUGAAGAGUGGGCGCAAUCCCAGAUGUUAUUGGGGAACGGCGACUACAGGUCGCCCUCAUAUCGGCUACUUUGUGCCAGCGCUGAAGAUUUCGCAGUUGCUGCUCGCAGGCUGUGAUGUUGUGAUUCUGCUUGCUGAUGUACAUGCAUUCCUCGAUAACCUUGUUGAGAAUCGGUGUAUCUACUACCGAAACAUUAUUACCGCCAUCCUUCAGGCUGUUGGGGUUCCUACUGAGAAGCUCGAGUUUGUUGUCGGUAGCUCUUACCAGAAGAGCUCUGCCUAUGUAUUUGAUGUGUACAAAUUAUCGUCCUUGAUCUCUGAAGGCCAAGCCAAGAAAGCGGGCAGUGAGAUUGUCAAGCAGUCCGGCAAUGCUCCGUUGAGUGGACUGUUGUACCCAGUUCUCCAGGUUCUCGAUGAAGAACAUUUGAAUUGCGAUGCCCAGCUCGGUGGUGUGGACCAGAGGAAGCUUUUCGUAAGCGCAACGGAGUGGCUCCCUAAACUUGGAUACCGUGUUCGCGCCCAUCUUCUGAAUCCUAUGAUGGCCUCAUUAUCCUCCGGCAAAAUGAGCUCUAGUGAUAGCCCAGAUAGUAAAAUCGACCUUCUCGACCCCGCUGAGAGCAUCUCAAAGAAGAUUCGGAAGGCAGAGUGUGUUCCUAAGAUCGUUACAGACAACGGCGUGAUUUCAUUAGUCGAACACAUUCUAUUGCCGGCAGCUGUCCUCAAGGGCAACGGAGAGUUCCGCGUUGAGCGCAAGGACGCCGAGCCUUUGGUCUUUACCAAUAUGAAGCAGCUACACGAUGCUUACAGCGCUGAUAUUUUGACCCCACAGCUGCUUAAGCCUGCUGUCGCGGCCGCCAUGGUCGAUCUUAUGGCCCCUAUCCAGGCGGCGUAUCAGGCCUCAGCUGAAUGGCAGGAGGUUACAUUGAAGGCCUACCCACCCCCGGUUGUGCACAAGAAGGUAAAGAAGCCUAAAGACAGAGGCUCUCGCUUCCCCGGUGCCAAGCAAGAGACGGCCCAGCCUUCGGAGCAAGAAGCUGCUCAAGCUUCAGAGCAAUAG